AUGGCAUCCCUCAAUCUCUCGACCAACGGACCGUCGAUAUCGAAGAGCUACCAGUCCGUCGUGAAUGCAUCAUUGCCGACGGGCAAUGCGGCUUCGCCAACCUUCGGCCAAUGGGCUCUGUUUUCCGUCUCAGCGCCGCUCGUCAAUGCCUUUCAGCAAGAUUCCGGCAACAAAGAAAGUGUCCUGAAGGUCCAAAGCACUGGAGAUGGUGAAUUGGAGGAUCUAAUCGAGGAGUUCUCCGAGGGCCGAGUUCAAUUUGCCUAUGUGAAGGUGACCGAUCCGAACACAGGACUGCCUAAGAAUGUUUUGAUUGCGUGGUGCGGAGAGGGAGUCCCCGAGAGGACAAAAGGUUAUUUCACGAGCCACCUGGCCAGCGUUUCCAAGUUCUUGCAUGGGUACCAUGUGCAGAUCACUGCUCGGACGGACGGUGACCUCUCUCCCGAGGGCAUUAUUCAACGUGUUGGAGAUUCCUCGGGCUCCAAGUAUUCGGCGGCGUCACAGGGCCCAGCCAUUUCGACGGCCGCCGGUCCUCGCCCUCCAGUUGCCAGCAAACCCGUGUUCACACCGGCCCGAUCUGGCGGUAUCGCCUCGGCCUCUUCGGUAACGCGUUCCAAGCCCGCAACCUCAUCGGCUGGCGUGGACGAUGACGGCUGGGGAGCUGAUGCACCCCCGGUCACAAGAACCCAGCUCGAAAAGGUGCAACCUGCUUAUCAACCGACUCGCGUGAACCUGCAACAAUUGAAGUCGGAGAACCAGGCCCCAUCUUCUCAGGACCCGGCCCCCGCUGUUCCCGAGAGUAGUGCUGACGUUGUUCGUGGCGGUUAUCAACCUGUCGGUAAGGUUGAUAUUGCGGCGAUUCGGCGCCAGGCUGCUGAGUCGGGGCAGCUCAAGGAUGACCGCCCGACGCCGGUCAAGGGAUCCUAUGAACCCGUGGGCAAAGUGGACAUCGCUGCUAUCCGAGCUCGAUCCCAGAAGCCGGAAGUUGCCCCUGAGACCACAAAGAGCCCUGUGCCCCAGAAUGAACCUGUGAACAUGCCCGAGCGACCAGCUGCGGGUGAGACCGCCGAACGCCUCACAUCUCUGCCAAAGCCCAAAGUGGCCAAUAAGUUCGGAGGUGGUCCCGCCUUUGGUGGCACUAAGCCGCCUCUCCCUACUGGACCCUCAGCAGCUGUUGCUACCGCUGCGCCGGUUGGCAGUGCUAGUCGCACUUUUGCAGACGAGGGAGGAAAGACUCCAGCUCAGCUCUGGGCCGAGCGCAAGGCCAGGGAGCGUGGUGGAACUCCUGCCUCAGCUGACGCAGAGCCAUCACGCCCAAUUCAGAGCCAGGUGAGCGGCCAAGGCGAAUGGAAGAGCUCGUACGCAGGAAAGUCAUGGGCUCCGGUUCAAACCGUCCAGGAUAAGUCUGCUCCGCAGGUGGUCGAUGCGAAGGCCAACGAGCCGGAGAAUGCACAGGCUGAGCCUCCAUCUCAUGUCCAUGAAAUUCGGGAUCAAUUCGCCCAGGAGCCUGCGCCACCUGCCCAACCCACGCCUCCUCCUGUUCCGCAGGCCAGUCGUCCUGUUCCAGUCCCUGGACUCCCUACUGGUCCAACUGAGCCUACUGAGCCGGAGGAGGAAGAACAUGAUGCUCAGCAGCCCUUGCCCACUCCUCCCCCGCAACCGCGCUCUCCGACUCCCCCUACACCCCCUGUUCAGGAUAACUCUCCUAUCCGAGUGGCCAUGCCCGUCGGUCGAGGCGUGGCUGAUGCUCAUGAGGAACAAAACUCUCCUCCUCCUACGAUGCCAGUUCAAAGCCUCCAGGAGGCGGUUCCAGAUGAGAGGGAUCUUGAAGAGACUCAAGACCUUGGCCGAGCUACCGCCGAGGCCACUGUCGUUGGCCAAGCCGAGGGUGGAAUCCGCGCUCAGGUGCAAUUCGACUAUGAGAAGGCUGAGGACAAUGAAAUUGAACUUCGGGAGGGUGAAAUUGUGACAGAAAUUGAUAUGGUUGACGAGGACUGGUGGCUGGGUGUCAACGCUCGCGGCGAACGGGGCCUUUUCCCCGGGAACUAUGUCGAGGUUCUACAGGACGAUCAGCACGGUGCCCCUGCUGGAUACCACACUCAAGAGCCGGAGCCAACGCCAGUACCUGCACCCGAGCCCGUGCCAGCUGCCGUUCCUGCGCCACCUCCAGCUCCAGCAGCUGCUCCGGCCCCGGCUAGCUCCAAGGGCCCGAAGGCGAUCGCGCUUUACGACUACGAAGCGGCGGAAGACAACGAAAUAUCUUUCCCAGAGAACGCGAAGAUCACCAAUGUGGUAAGUUGCCCCCCACUUUCUCCCUGGGACCACCGCUCAAUCGACCGUGUACUAACUGAACAAUAUCAGGAGUUCCCGGAUGACGAUUGGUGGCUUGGCGAGUACAAUGGCAAACAGGGACUGUUCCCGGCCAACUACGUACAGCUGGACGCAUAA